AUGGAGCAAAACGGCGAGGCUCGACGGGCAAUCGACCACGAAUCAUCCUCUCUCUCAUCCUCGCACGAUGCCGUCGACCCCAGUCCGCUCUUGAACGGCAACCAGGCACCCCUUCGCGACAACUGCGAGCGACGACGGCCGGACGAGGACAUCAUCCGACGCAAGAAGAUGCCGACGGAGCUCGUCACCAAGACGGUCAGCCCCUUUCUCAAGGAACACAUUCCCGGCAUCUACGCUCCCGUCGGCAAGGGCCACAGGGACGGGGCCGGCACCGACCAGGUCCGCAAGACGGACCCCAACACCAGGUACUGCUAUCGCCACCGUCCCGACUCCAAGUGUCGGCGCGCCGCCGACGAAAGCAAGAUGGGCUUCAUCCAGAGUGAGCUCAACAGCCUCCCCGUCGCCGACCAGGAAGCCAUCACGCACGUCUGGUCGCUCUUCUCGGCGGCCCCGUCAAAGCACCGCGAGCUGAUGCUCCAGGGCAUCAUCACCCAGUGCUGCUUCCCCCAGCUCUCGACGGUCUCGCGCGAGGUGUCGGAGCAGCUCAAGAUCGACUUCCUCGCCGCCCUGCCGCCCGAGCUGUCCUACAAGAUCCUCUGCCACCUCGACACCGUCUCGCUCUGCAAGGCCGCGCAGGUCAGCGUCCGCUGGAGGACGCUGGCGGACGACGACGUCGUCUGGCACCGCAUGUGCGAGCAGCACAUCGACCGCAAGUGCACAAAGUGCGGCUGGGGCUUGCCGCUGCUGGAGAAGAGGAAGCUCGUGGCGUGGAGCCGACACCAGACGGCCCACCACCGGCACGACCAGGCGCGCUACGACGGCGACGACGACACCGCCGCCGGCCGGGACGAGGCGGCGGUCGAGACGGACGACGAGGCGGCGGCGGCGGCGGCGUCGCGCGAGUCGAGCAAGCGGCCGCUGUUCGGCGACGACGACGACGGACCGGCGAAGCGGCCGCGGCUCGACGGAGGGACGCCGCCGCGGUCCCAGCUCGAGGUGGAACGCAAGUUUCGUCCGUGGAAGGACGUCUACCGCGACCGGUACAAGGUCGGCUACAACUGGAAGACGGGCCGGUGCACGACCAAGACGUUCAAGGGCCACGAGAACGGCGUGACGUGCCUGCAGUUUGACGACAACGUGCUCGCGACGGGGUCGUACGACACGACCAUCAAGAUCUGGAACAUCGAGACGGGCGAGGUGAUCCGGACGCUGCGCGGGCACACGUCGACGGUGCGCUGCCUGCAGUUUGACGACUCGAAGCUCAUCAGCGGGAGCUUCGACAAGACCAUCAAGAUCUGGAACUGGCAGACGGGCGAGUGCCUGAGCACGCUGCAGUGCCACACCGAGGGCGUCCUCUCGGUCCACUACGACGGCUGCACCCUCGCCUCGGGCUCCAUCGACCGGACGGUCAAGAUCUUCAACUUUGACACGAAGCAGACGUGGUGCUUCCGCGGCCACACCGACUGGGUGAACCACGUGAGGAUCGACUCGCCGUCGCGGACCAUCUUCUCGGCCUCGGACGACAUGACGGUCAAGCUCUGGGACCUCGACUCGAAGCAGUGCGUCAAGACGUUCCGCGGCCACGUCGGCCAGGUGCAGCAGGUGCUGCUGAUGCCGCCCGACUUUGAGCCGGACGAGGUGCCGGCCGAGGAGAGCACGGCGGCCGACGGCGCGUCGGCGCACAGCAGCCGGAGCGCGACGCCGGUGGCGGAGCCGGCGGGGAGGACGGCGGCGGACGCGCGGGCGUCGUUUGGGUCGUGCUUCGCGUCGGACCCGUCGCGGCCGCUGCCGCCGCGGUACAUGCUCACGGGCGGGCUCGACAACACGGUGCGGCUGUGGGACGUGGAGACGGGCCGGUGCAUCCGCAGCAUGUUUGGCCACGUCGAGGGCAUCUGGGGGCUCGUCGGCGACACGCUGCGCGUCGUGACGGGGGCCAACGACUCGAUGACGAAGAUCUGGGAGCCGCGCUCGGGCAAAUGCGACCGCAGCUUCACCGGGCACGCGGGGCCGGUGACGUGCGUUGGGCUCAGCGACAGCCGCAUGGCGAGCGGCAGCGAGGACGGCGAGGUGCGCCUCUACAGCUUCGAGGGGGAGGUGACGGAGGAGAGGGGGACGCCGUCGUAG